CCAAAUGUCAUUCAGGAAAAAUUCAAGCUGAACUUCACCCAAUCCCUAAAGUCACAGUACCAUGGCAUACUAUACACAUGGACGCGACAGGCAAAUUAAGCGGCAAGCGAGAUGCAAAAGAAUACAUCUUUGUAUCAGUUGAUGCUUUCACAAAGUAUGUACUUUUACAUCAUACUGUUAACAUUGACUCUACCAAUGCCAUAAGAGCUUUAAAAGCAGGAGUAUCAUUAUUUGGAGCUCCAAUACGUGUAAUAGCGGAUCAGGGACGUUGUUUUGCCAGUAACGACUUUAAAGAGUUUUGUGCCGCGCACAAUAUUAACCUACAUUUAAUAGCUACAGGUUCUAGUCGCGCUAAUGGUCAGGUAGAACGUGUAAUGUCUACAUUAAAAAAUAUUUUAACCACGGUGGAGUUGGAUAACAAUAAAUCUUGGCAAACGGCAUUACCCGAAGUGCAGUUAGCCUUGAAUUGCACAACAAAUCGAACCACAAAAGCGAGUCCCCUUGAAUUACUUAUUGGAAAAGUAGCUAGACCCUUACAGUUAAUGACAUGCGAUACAAAUGAGACUGACGUUGAUUUAGAAACUAUAAGAGAACAAGCGGCGCAAUCAAUUGAAGCAAGUGCUUCAAUGGAAAAAUCUAGGUUUGACAAAAAUAAAGCAAAAGUAAAAAACUUUAAUGUAGGUGACUAUGUUUUGUUAGAAAAUCAAGAACGAAAUAAGACAAAGUUAGAACCCAAAUUUAAGGGACCAUACAGGGUUGUAGAGUUACUUGAUGGUGACAGGUAUCUACUCAAAGCAUUGGAUUCCAAUCGGACAUACAAAUAUGCCCAUGACCGCUUAAAAUCUAUUCCUGAAUGCUACGUUCCUUUGGAGUUGAAUCUUGCACUAGAUGAACCAAUAGAAUCAGUUGAGUCAGGAUGCACCGCUAACGGCGCUGGUAAGUUACAGUCUUAAAUUUCUUAGUGAUUGGCCUGUGUGGCAUUAACCUGUGUGGUAUCAGCCUGUGUGGCAUCAGCCUGUGUGGCAUCAGCCUGUGUGGCAUCGGCCUGUGUGGCAUCGGCCUGUGAGGCAUCGGCCUGUGUGGCAUCAGGCUGAGUAGCAUCGGCCUGUGUGGCAUCGAUCUGUGUGGUAUUUGACUGUGUGACAUAGGCUCAUCUAUCGCUUGUGUGUUACUCUAUAGUGUGGGAAUAGAGUGAGUGGCGUUGACCUGUACUGCAUACGCCAUGGUGACAUUCAUCUGUGUGUGGCUGUGUGAUCUAUGUGAAAUUGUCUAGUGUGUAAUUCGUUUGAGUGGUAAUGAUAUGCUUGAUACCUACUGAUGUGGUAUUCGUUUGAGUGACACCAGUCAAUUCACUAUAUAUCUGUCUGUUGUUAACUAGCAAAACGCAAAUUAGUAGUAUUGUUUAACUUUAAAUCUGUGUGUGAAUUAUAAUAAUACUAAUUUGAAUAAUAUCUGUUGCUAGACAACUGUUUAGUAGAAGUUGUUUUAGUGUGUCAGAAUGACCGAGUGUUAAUGGCGUUAACACUUUGACGAAUGAAAACUUUGUUGUUUACAGAUGAGGAGGAGUAAUAGACGCACGAGGACGUGCGAUGUUGCAGGACGGCCGUAACGGCGCGCAAUUAUUGUUACUUAAAUCGAUUAAUAUUUCAAUUGAAUAGUUAUUUUUAAAGUGUUGCCAAUAUGUAAAAUUAGUUAAAUGAAGAAUGGUUAAUUUUAAUUCAUGAGCGGGCAACCCCGAAUGGGUUCGUACGCGUCAGAGCAACGAUCUAUUUGACGGUUGGAAUGUCAGGUGAUGAUCGAGCUGUGUGCGCUUACAAAUCCAUUGGCUCGUGUUUUUCAUAAGUUUUAGUGAUCUGAUUAUAUUGUGAUGUGUACUAAUUUGUAAUAAAACAGUGUCACUGGUUGUUUUGCGGUUAUACUUUCAAGAAUCUCCCAAACACACGCCCAUAAUGCAAGACGAUACCAAUCAAGUAAAUAAUCCGCCUUCGGAGCUUACACCUCCGCCGCUCGGUACUCCGACAU